AUGGAUGAAUCGGCAGAGAAUCAGACGUCACAAUUUUCAAAUGUAGAAAUUGAUUUCGAUGCAGAAACCAAAGCACGAUUGUUUACGGUAUUUUCGGAAACGGAAAAUACCCCGAUAGUUCCGGUCGAGGACGACUACUCGGUCAAGGUCUCGCUCAAAGAUCAUUCAACAUAUGCGUACGCGCCGAGACGAUUUGCAUGGGCUGAACGCGAACAGAUUAGAGCGAUAACAGAUGAUCUCUUAGAAAGGGACAUUAUUCAAUAUAGCACUUCUCCGUAUUGCGCUCGUGUGGUGCCAGUGCGUAAAAGAAACGGCACUUUGCAUAAUACAAGACAACCGCCGCGCAAAAGGAAAUUAAAACGAAAAGCUGAUGAAGUAUGUAGUACAGACCGCAAAGAAAAUAUAUCUCAAGCACUCGCCCGUUUAAUUAUAAUAAAUCAGUUGCCGCUAUCUUUUGCUGAGACCGAAGGCUUCCGUCAAUUCAUGGCAACAAUAGAACCUGGAUAUGUGGUUCCUGCAACAAAAACAAUUCUUUCGCGACUACAAUUAAUUUAUGAUGAAGUAAAGACAUGCGUCCAACGUGAGAUGCAACGUGACAAUGCAAGUAUAUCAUGUUCGACGGAUAUUUGGACAUCUCUUUCACAAGAUGCAUACUUAUCAGUUACGGCGCAUUAUAUUGAUAAAGAAAAAUGGGAAUUGAGGCAUUAUACUCUAUGCACAAUUGGAUUAGAAGAACGACACACCGCCGAAAAUAUAGCUCUGGGUUUAGAAAUGAUAUUUUCUGAUUGGGACGUAGAACAUCAAAUUUUUACAUUGGUUCACGACAAUGCAGCUAAUAUGAUAAACGCGGGAGAAAUUUUACAAAAUACAAGGGAACAUAUUGGUUGUGCAGCUCACACUUUACAACUGGCCGUAAACGAUGCAUUGCAAUUGGAGGAAAUAGAAUGUAUCAUACAAAAAGCAAGGAAAAUUGUAGGACACUUUAAACAUUCCGCUCUGGCCACGCAAGAACUACAUAAUACUCAAAUUAAACUUAAUUUUCCGGAAGAAGCAUUAAUUCAAAGUUGUCCCACAAGAUGGAAUUCAACAUAUUAUAUGUGCGAACGGCUAUAUAAAAAUAGAACUCCUAUUUUGGCAGUACUUAAUAAUAAUUCCGUGACAAAACCAGUGCAAGCACGAAAUUUAGAAAUGACUGCAAGCGAAUGGUCAAUUAUAAAUGAAUUAGUAUCACUUUUGAAGCCUUUGCAAUGUGCAACCACCAUAUUUUGCUCCUCAUCUGAAGUUACGAUAUCUUUGGUUCGCCCGGUAAUACGCGGCAUCAUAGAUAAUCACUUGACAGAAGAUAUUUUGGAUGGAAAUCUCAUUCGUACAUUAAAGUUAAACCAGUGCUCGGCAUUAGCUGCACAUUUCGAGCCGAUUCCUGAGGCGAUCCCCCCCACUACCGCUCAAAACUUUACGUGCGCCCGCCUGAGUGGUUCGGCCGUCGAGUCUUGA